AUAAAAUCAAGAUGGAUUCAAAAUUAAUGAAUAUUUUGUUUAUGAGCUUGGCGUUUUUUACAAUUUUCUUCGCAUUUCAAACAACUGCCAGCCUUCAGAAAAAAAUUCUACGCACAGAGCAUCAAAAAGAGCAUAAUUUCGAAAACAGCGCUUUUACCAGCCUGGGAAUAUAUUAUUUCGUUUUUGCGGCUACUUGUUGGUUCGUACCACCCCUCGUUGCAGUAGUUGGUCCACGAUGGUCACUGGUUAUUGGAACCAUAACCUAUUUACUAUUUAUCGUGCAUUUCUACCACCCUUUCGAAUGGCUGCUGUAUUCGUUAAAUAUAACCCUAGGAGUGGGUUCUGCAAUUAUAUAUAUUACACAGGGUAAUUAUAUUGCCAGAAAUAGUGACGAUAACAGCGUUACGAGGAAUUCGGGAAUAUUCCUUUCGUUUCAACAAGCAAGCUACAUGAUAUCGGCUAUCUUGAUAUAUUUAAAGUAUGCCAAUGUUGAAGAAAUUGAAGAUAUGGACCGUUACAUAAUUAUGUCGGUAUUAACAUUUAUUUGCAUAAUUGGUCUGGUAAUGUUGUUCUUCUUGCGAUUGCCGCAAAGCAACCAAUCCAUAGACAAGGAAACACAUAACAGUUGUUCCGCUGCAUUUGUUACUAUUCGGGAUAACAUUAUGCUUCUGCUCGAAAGAGAUAUGUUACUGCUAAUCGUUCUCUUCUUUUAUACAGGAUUGGUACAAGCGUUCUAUAAUGGAGUUUAUGGCCCUGCCAUGUCGUUCACACAAAAUUUAAAUAUGCAACCGGACGAAUUAUCCUUUGCUGGUUACGUAUUGAAGGGCUGUGGAGGAUUUUUGGGAUCGCUGUUCUUUGCUAUUUUGGGCGAUAUGACCAUUCGUUGGGGUCGUGAUGUAUUUAUGUAUUUAGCAGGCGUAUUCCAUUUAUUUACAUUCAUAAUCAUCUAUCUCAAUAUCCCCAAUGAAUCAUCCUUUGGCGAAAACCAAGCUGUAUCCGUCAUUGACCCGCCUAAUUUUUAUUUGGCAAUAGCUUGCAGUUUUCUUUAUGGUUUGGGAGCAGCGUUUUACACCGUUCAUAUUUACAGUAUGUUGGCUGGUGCUUUUGUUGCCGAAUCGACCGCCGGAUUCGGAAUUUAUAAAUUCUUUCAGUGUCUUGGGUGUGCCCUGGCUUAUCUAUAUUCGAAAUAUGCCAGUUUAUAUAUCCAAAUGGGGAUACUCAUCGUGCUUCUGAUAGCGGCAGUCGCCUGUUUCGCGAUUGUUGAACGAUCCGUCAGAACUAAGCAACAGGCUGAUCAGCCCUAA